UGUGGGCCACCUACCCAGACAGAAGGAGGCAGCUGGGCCUGCAAGGCAUGGGCUGGCCUAGCCCAGACUCCUCUAGCCAGCCCUGGUCAGGAGCCAGCAAAGGUGGGAGAAGGACUUGGGGAACAGAGAGAUCCUGAGAGAAGGAUGCUACAGCUGAGCCUGUCCUGGCUGGGCCUGGGGCCUGCAACAGCUUCCCUGUGGCUGUUCCUACCCCUGGCGGGGGCCUCCUGCCUCCUGGCUUACCUCCUGAGCCAGGCUUACGCUGUCUACGAAAUCUCCCACCGCCUUCGCUGUUUCCCUCAGCCCCCCAAACGAAACUGGCUUUUGGGUCACCUGGGCCUGAUCCAGAGCUCGGAGGAAGGGCUCCUGUACGUCCAGAGCCUGGUGCGGACCUUCAGGGAUGUGUGCUGCUGGUGGGUGGGGCCAUGGCAACCCGUCAUCCGCAUAUUCCACCCUGCCUUCAUCAAGCCUGUGCUCUUGGCUCCAGCUUCAGUUGCUCCCAAGGACACAGUCUUCUACAGUUUUCUGAAGCCCUGGCUGGGAGACAGCCUCUUGAUGAGCGCUGGUGAGAAGUGGAGCCGCCACCGGCGCAUGCUGACACCCGCCUUCCAUUUCAACAUCCUGAAGCCAUAUGUGAAGAUUUUCAACGCCAGCACCAACAUCAUGCAUGCCAAGUGGCAGCAUCUAGCCUCCAAGGGAAGCGCCCGCCUGGACAUGUUUGAACACAUCAGCCUCAUGACGCUGGACAGUCUGCAGAAGUGUGUCUUCAGCUUCAACAGCAACUGUCAGGAGAAGCCUAGUGAGUACAUCGCUGCCAUCUUGGAACUUAGUGCUUUGGUGGCCAGAAGGCACCAGAAGCUGCAUCUGCACGUGGGCCUGUUCUAUCACCUCACCCGGGACGGGAUGCGCUUCCGGAAGGCCUGCCGCCUAGUGCAUGACUUCACUGAUGCCGUCAUCCAGGAGCGGCGCAGCACCCUCCCUGAUCAGGUUGAUGAUGAUGUCCUCAAGGCCAAGGCCAAGGCCAAGACUUUGGACUUCAUUGAUGUGCUGCUGCUGAGUAAGGACGAACAUGGAAAGGCACUGUCUGAUGAGGACAUCCGAGCAGAGGCCGACACCUUCAUGUUUGGAGGCCACGACACCACGGCCAGUGGGCUCUCCUGGAUCCUGUACAACCUGGCAAGGCACCCGGAAUACCAGGAUCGCUGCCGGCAGGAGGUGCGGGAUCUCCUGAGGGGCCGUGGGCCUGAGGAGAUUGAAUGGGACGACCUGGCGCAGCUGCCCUUCCUCACCAUGUGCAUCAAGGAGAGUCUGCGGCUGCAUCCCCCGGUCAUAGCGAUCUCCCGUUGCUGCUCUCAGGACACUGUGCUCCCAGACGGCCGGGUCAUCCCCAAAGGUGUCAUCUGCAGAAUAAGUAUUUUCGGGACACAUCACAAUCCCGCUGUGUGGCCUGACCCGGAGGUCUACAACCCCUUCCGAUUUGACGCAGACAACGCCAAGGGCAGGCCAUCCCUGGCUUUUAUUCCCUUCUCCGCAGGGCCCAGAGACCUCCCUGCUUCCUCCAUGGAUCCCCUAAUGCUAUGUGCUGGCCAAGAGAGACAGGCUUAGCCCUCACUGUGUGCCCAGGACCGUCACAAAUACCACUGGAAAGAAAAACAUCACCUCUGAAGAGCCAGUGACCUGGAGGAUGCUGGGUGCCGGUGAAAGCUCAGCUGUGUGACGGGGGCAGGUUAGCCACACUCUCUGUUCUUCAAGCAACGGGAGGACACACCACCACCGGAGGUGGGAGCAUAAGGGACUUGGAGUUGUGCCUGGUCCAUAACAAGUGCUCAACAAACAGGGCUGCCGUUAUCUCCUGUCUUGGGAAGCCCCGGUGGGGCAUCCAGAGCCUGUCUCUCGGCACCUUUAUUUCAUUGCUUUAAACUCAAAAGCAGGUGAUCUAGUGUUUGCGUUUGCUGCAUCAGCUCUCCCUACCUUGGUGGCUCUGCAUAAAGGACACAGGUUGUAAAUCAAUUUAUUGCAAUUAUUAUUUUUUUCAUAUGCUCAUUAUUCAUUUUAU